GGCGCGGCGCUGUAGCUACGUCUCGUACUAUACUGUGUUUACUCUUGAUCUUCAAUCAUGGCCGCUGCCAGUUCCCUGAUAUUUGACUGGCGAAAAAACAUCACUUGCAGAUACUUUCUGCAUGGUCUGUGCAAGGAAGGAGAUAGGUGUCCCUAUGCUCAUAACAGAUCUCAUAAUGUGAAGAGUAAUGUAUGUCGCUACUAUCUCCAAGGAAAGUGCCACUAUGGAGCCAGCUGCAAGUUUCAACAUGUAGCUCCUACAAACAAUGUUUCCCAGAAAACUAUCUCUCCAGCACCACUGCCUGUGUCAAGUAAAGGAGCUACCAUUGAGAGUCAACUAACAACACUUCAUUUGAAUGAUCAGAACUCACCUAAUGAAAGUGUGGAUAAACAGUGUUCUGGUAACAAGUAUUCUAUGAAGGAUCUAGUUUAUGCUAAAGAAUUCAUCCCUGGUCAACCAUUUCAAGGCACCUUGCCACCAACCUAUAGCGCAACAGCCAAGAAGAAUGGUGAGAGUGGUGCCCUGGUCAUAUCUACAGAACAAGUUCCUAGGCCAGGACCUCAGGCUAUCUUAUGUCCCUAUGCAGUGAAGGGUACCUGUCGUUAUGGAGCCAAGUGUCAAUACAUGCAUGGUGAAGUGUGUGACCUCUGUGGAGAAGCUUGUUUGCUUCCAUAUGAUGAGGAGCAAAAGAAGAACCAUAGAAUGACUUGUCUUCAGAAGCAUGAGAAAGACAUGCAGGAAGCAUUUCUGUACCAGCAGAGUAAAGAUAUAGUUUGUGGUAUCUGUAUGGAAGUUAUAAUGGAGAAAUCACCAAAGGAACGCAAAUUUGGUAUCUUAUCAGACUGCACUCAUCCUUACUGCUUGGAUUGUAUCAGGAAGUGGCGCAGUGGAAAGCAGUUUGAAAAGACUAUUAUCAGAGGAUGUCCAACAUGUAGAAAGAUGUCUAAUUUUGUGACUCCCAGUGAUUAUUGGGUGGAGGAUCCUGAUGAGAAGAAGAAGCUAAUUGAGAACUACAUUGCUGCUUUGAGCACCAAGCCUUGUAAACAUUUUGACCAAGGUAAUGGAAAGUGUCCAUUUGGUGCUGACUGUUUCUAUCUUCAUGCUUACCCUGAUGGUACAAAGGAAGACCGUGCUAAAGCUCGUCAAUGCCGUGCAUCAAACAACAAAGUCAAGACCAUCCGACCUGCUCUCCUUUGGGAGUUCUUUGAACAUCGCAAUGGUCUUUAUGACUUUGGUAGCGAUGAAGAUGAUUUCUUCCUAUUUGGCUCUUCCCUUUGGAAUGAUGAUUGGGACCUGAGUGAUCCUAGUGAGACUGAUGAGUGGUGGGAGUAUCUUCAAUAUAUGGGCUCAGAUGAUGAGAGUGAGAAUGAGUUUGAUUCUGACUGGAGUGUUGAAGUACCAACAUCUGGUGAAGGGGAAGAGACUGCUGAGGUAUCUGUAGAAGGUAACCAGGAAGAGGGAGAUGAAGAAGAUGCCGAUGAUGAAGAUGCAGAUGAUGAAUGGGAGGAUGGUGAAGGAGAUGGAAGAGAAGAAGAACAGGGAGAAGGAGAAGAAGGUGAGGAAGAAAAUGAAGAGGGGAAUGCUGAAGGAGAGGAUGGAGAGAGCUUUGGGAUUGUUGGAGGUGAUGUUGAGUACAUAGGUGUGGUUGCACCAGAUAUGUUAGAAGAAUGUGUAUACAGUGAAAAUGAUUCACAGUAUUCUGAUUGCGUAGAUUGGUGAUAAGUGAGUCAAACCCUCAUAACCUAUUGGUUAGAGGGUAUACCUACCCACCAACUGCUAUAGAGUCGAAGAAUCCAGCCAAAAUGUUCGAAAUAGUAACUCACUGAAAGAUCCUCAUGGUGUGGUCUUCAACCAGGUAGCAAGUUGAUAGAUGAAAGUGGUUUGUUUCUACCAUUGUGGUGUUAAGGGUCCACUAAUUAUACAUGUUUCGAGUUUGAAGAUUCUAGGAUAUGUCUUGCUCAAUUGUCUUUUAUGGUUUAGUUGCAUGGUAUGAAGUAGAGCAUAUAUAGAAGAUAUAUGCACUGGAAAUGAAUGAGUUGAUUAUAUUUCCCUCUUGUUUCUUCUCAUGUGGGCUUUGUAAAUGAAAUAUUGACAGAUUGAGAUGGCUGUUUGAUAAUUGUUUCAAAAGAAGACAAUAAGUUCAUUAUGUAGAAUCUUUGCAAACAUGUGUAUGAUGAUCGCUCCACUUUUGCUAUACAAAUUCAUGGAAUGUUUACCACAGUAAUUCAUUGACAUAAUGCUGCUUCAGUUUUUAAUUUUUGUCAAAUGAUUGUCUUACUGUUGUUGUUUAACACCAUUUAUAUUGGUUACAUAUGUUCCUAAGAAAGUUGCACAGUAUUGAGCAAAGGCUUUAAUAGUGUUGGGGUUAGCAGUGCUAUCCCAGAUGACAAUGAUGAUAUACAUCAAUAUUGAGGUGCACGAUGGUGUGGAGGGAUGUUUGUAAUGGGAGUUAUAUUGUUUCAAAUCAGUUGCCAUGGCUUUGCAACUAUUGCUCAGGUGACAAACAUGAACGUGUCUUAUUGUUGAAUGAAGACCUGUUCACUUAUUGACUGGUCUCACUCAAGUCAUGUGCAGUCAAGCCAAAUGAAUUAUUAUCACCACAUGCCUGAUUUACAGGACCUAAAUACUUGUCUUGCCAAAAAUAGUUCUACAUUGCUCUGCGUAAAUUUUCAAUCCCAUGCUAAAUGUAGGAAAGGAUGUUACAUCUAAAUUUUUGCAGUACUCGGACUGUUUGUUAUCGUUGAUUUUAGUCAGAAGUGAACUGGCUAGCAUGAAUUUGCAGUUUAUUCAAAAUUAUGAAUGUAGACUUGUACAUGGUUGACUUCAACAGUCAUCCUGUACAUAUUGGUUGUAUUUAUAGAAUGAAAUGUUCCUUGACUAAGUUAUAGAGUGAUAGUAUAAAUCUAUUUUUUAGUACAGAGUAGGAUGAAGAAUUUCCUUUAUAUUUUCAUGAAUAAUUAAAUUAUAGAUAUUGUUUAGACUGUAGUAUAGUGUGUUUGAAUUGAAUUCAAAAGUAUUUUUUUCUUUCCUUUUCUCCUCUGUUAGUCUGGUGUAGAUAAACACAAAGCAAUAGUUAGAAAUAGAUACAAAUUUAUAGAUUUUGUAGAAAUAUUUUUGCCUCACAUAUGAAAACUUUAUUGUAUGAUGGUGAUUAGAUAUUGUCUUUUGUAUAUAUGAAUUUAUGCAACAUUUGCUUUCUGUAUUGAAGUCUUUAGAUGUGCCUGUGUACCUGUUUCCAUAGAUUAUGUUAUCAUUUCUACAAGUACAUAUUCAUACAGAACUAUAUGUCUUUGAUUUCCUUUGAUUUAUGCUCUAUAUGCUUUCAUUGCAUCUCUGUCGCUUUGUGACAUUUAAAUGAUGGGUUUUAUCUCAUUGUAAAAACAUAAGGGUGGUAUUUGAGGACAUGUACAUUGUUCCCCACACAGAGAGUAGUGAUUGCAUUCCUUGAUUAGGAUGCUGGAUAUGUGGUUGAAAGUUGGAAAUUCAAAUUGGGUAACAUUUGUGAAGCAUAAAUGAAGGUUUGUACAGUCUUGUGCCAAGAAAAAAGAUAAAAGAUUACAAGAUGUAUUAUAUUUUUCUUCAAUGUAUUUGUACAUCUCGUUUCAUUUCUUGUAUACUUAACACACCGGUGUAUGUUACAAAGAUAUCUCUAUUUUGGCAUAUAGUUUAGCAUUGGUUUACAAUACCAAAUAGUGUUGAUCCAUUCCAUUAUGUUUCUAUACUUUAUUUUGGUUGUGUUAUAAUCCUUUCUUUGUUUUUAUUUUUGUGCCUCUGCUGGGGUCAUCCAAUUUUCAUUCUUGUGAUGACAUAAACAAAAUUGACCAAAAACAUUUCAAACUAGGUUCAUGUUAACAUAAAGAAGUGAAAAUGGUCUGAUUAGUUUGGUGGGGGGGAUCAAAUCAAAUCCAGCUAGAUUUUACUCCUUUUUUCCUUAUUGAAUUUAAAAUUUGAACGAUUUUAAAUAAUUUUUUUUUCUUAUGUUAUUUGUUUCUCUUUUUUUUUUUCUGUUACGGGGAUAACUUGUCUAUCAUGCAGAAUGUCACUUUUAUUAUCAUCUUUUGUAAUAUCACUUGUAUUCUCAUAAUAUGAAGAUGAUUUAUCCAUUGCAUUUAAAUUGUAUUAUUUUUUAUUGAUUAGUCAUUAUCCAUCUUGCCUGCAUAGCCGAGUGAAAUUAUAUAGGCACCGUUUUUGAAGUUUUUCAAACAUCAUCACAAUGGUAAAAGUAUAAGGACCUACUUCAUAAAACAUAGACAUUGCAAAGUAAGAAAGUCCCUAGUCCAUGAAGCAGAGUGUCAACAAUUCUGCCUAUAUCUGAUGGUGUAAUGCAGUUUGUUUUCAUUCUUGUUGUGACCUAAUUUGAUAUGAAAAAAGGGUAGCCUGUACAUUCCACAAUAUAUUUAUGUUGUUUUAAAAGUUGUCCAUCUUUUAUGAUAAUGUUAGGUCCCUUAAAUGCAAUAUUUUAGUUUAUUCUUUAAAGCACAUACCACUUUGCAUGAAGCCCAUUGGCAGUUAUAGUCCUUUCUAGUCAAGGAUUUAUCCUUUGAUUCAUAGACAUGAUUAUGUAGUUUUUACCUCCUGCAUUUAUCGUUAUUCAAUAGGGAGAUAAACUAUCUACAGGGGGGGGGGGGUCUGCUCAUUGAACUUAUUAAAUGAAAAAAAUACAUUUCAUGUGGUAUCUAUUACAAAGCACCUCUUCUCAACUAAAAUUAGGAUGAAAUAAACUAUUGUGUAUGGUUAUAAAAUGUAUUUUAUAAUCCAGAAUCUCAUGAAUGAAUAAGGCUAAUCUCUAUUAAACGACUGGGGCUCUACUGUGAUUGUUAUAUCUUCAGUGUUUGGAUGUAAUCUGAAUUCUGAAAAUGUUCUUAACUAUUCUCUUAUUAUUUCUUGUCUCUUCCACUGAGAGUGCAUGCUGUCAUAGCUAUAUAAAUGCAUAAAACUGCGAAGUAGCCUGCACAAUGUAUGUGCACAAAAAUAAUAUCUUUGGAUAUGUAUUCUGAAAUGGUCAGUUUGAGAAAAGUUCUUUCAAAACUUCAACAAAAUUUACAAUAGGUACUGGGAUAGUUAAUCUCAAUGUUAAAAGCGAAUUUUCUUGGUUAAGAGGAAUUGCUCGACCCUGCAAGACAAUUGCAUAUUGUGAGAGGAAAGAUUCUUAAGAUAUUAGAGAGUUGGAUUAGCAGACUUUUCACCCAUUUAUGAUUUUGUUUGAAAAAAAUCUGUCAUAGGUACCGGUAGAUUUAAGAGAGAAUCAGCUUAGGUAUGUUUAGUACUUAAAAGCACACAAGUAUAAGUGUUAGAGGCCCAAGAUAUAUAUUGCCUAAUGUCAAUAUUGCAUGGUCGUUUUUAUCAUUUUACAGAAGAGACACACUUGUAUUAGAAUGAAAUUACUUGCCCCCUAAAAAAAUUCUAGUAUGCUACCCAUAGGCUAAUUCAUGCUUAUAAAACAUUUAAUCAUUGAUUGAUACUAGAAGAGUGGAAGAUACAUUAUGGAUGGUCCUAGCAUAUAUAAUUUUCUUCAGAAUAUUGAUUUAUUAAACUAGCUAUUAUGUUACUGAUGUAAAACAACAGAUAACAGAAAAGUUAAGAAUUUGUCAAGAAUACCAUGAUCCCUGGAUAAUACUUCUUUUGAAGGAAUGAAUCCUCUAGCCAGUUUGACCCUAAUUUAAUCUGAACUUUUGUUGGCUGUGUUAUCAUAUGAUAUUUGGGAAUGUGAAAAAAAUAAUGAACCGUAAGAAAAUACUUUAAUUUAACAAAUAUGUGAUCAUAUCCAAUUUCAUGAGAAAUCUUACACCACUAAUUUUGACGACUCACUAAAUUAAUCUGAAUUAAUAUAGGUAUUUAAUCCUUCAAUAUGUUUUGAGUUUCUACAUGUCUUUUUUGUAUUCAUUUUAAUGAUAACUUGAUCAAUGCUGCAUUUGUAUUUCAUAAUUAAGUUCAAUGUUUCAGAGCAAAGAAAGAAAGAAAUAGAGAACAUUGUAAAGGUUUAUAAAACUGAUGGAUGCAAGUUUCUUAUCAAACUGUUGAUUCUCAGAUCCUUCACAAAAUGCUCAUCUUUCAACUCAUACUUUAUGUGUAUAUAACUUUAUAGAAGUAUAUUUCAAAUUGUCUCCUGAUUAUGAGUUUUACACUUUGAUUGUCAACUGAUUGCUGUAACAUUAGCCAGAUAUUGCCUUUUUUAUUUGGUAUAUUCUGUAUACAUACAUGUCAGACUCAACCAGGGAUGAUAAAACUGUCAAAACAAUUAAACAUUGGUUAAUUUACAUAUGUGUGUGUUCAUUUCAUAUUGAUAUUUAUUCAGUAUACAUGUAAAAAUAGGAAAUAUUUUGUACUGUUUACAUCUGCUCUUGUGAAAUUGAAUUUUGUACUUUUGAUAUGACUUAUUUUUCCCAUUGGGAAGCAUGGGUAAUGUGACUGUACUCUUAUUGAAUCUAUCUGGGGAUUUGGUGCAAAAGUCAUGGCAGUGUACUACAUGUAAUAUGUUUUUUUUCCUUGAAUGAUUACUUUAAGAAUAUUACAUUUGAGAUUGUAUAUCAUAAAUAUUAAUUUUGUUGAUUCUCACUUAAGAUAUAGUUUUGUACUAAUAAUCUGUAUUUUGUGGACUUUUAUUACUUGAGAAUAUUCUAGAAAUGAAACUAACACAACCGUAGGGAAUACUACAUACUUGAAGAGUGUAUAUAUGAGAUAGUAUGAUGAAAUCAUAACAAUCUGUUGCUUUUUAAUAUAUGCUCUUGUUUCUCUUUAAAAGGUCAUAGUGGUCUUUUUAGUAGAGAGGCUUUGAAGUUCAAGUUGCCAAUGAUAUAAUAAUAAUAAUAGUGGCAUAGUUACCCAGGAUAGCCACUUCAGUUCCGAAAACUGUUCUCCCAGCAGGCCCUGCUAUUAUUACCCCGGCUUUAGCACGGCUACCUUGAUCGGGCGCUCGAGCAUUCGAGGAAUUUCUUCCUACCAGGUACCCAUUCACCUCACCUGAGUUGAGUGCAUCACAAUGUGGAUAAAUUUCUUGCUGAAGAAAAUUGCGCCAUGGCUGGGAUUUGAACCGACGACCCUCUGAUCCACAUGAUCCAUUGUCAUUAUCAAGUAACAAGUCCUUAUGAAAGGACAUUAAUCCAUUCAUUAUAUUCUUAGACACAACAAAAGUCAAACAGCAGCAUUAUUAAUUUGAUACCUAUUCUAAGCUUAUAUAGCUCCUUGCAGGAAUGAAAGAAGGAAAGAUCCUGACCAAGGCAUUCAUUGAGAUGUUUGUAUUGUGACCUGAUACCUCCGUGUAAUAAGAAAUCUUCCGUAAUCAGACCAAUUGUUAUACUUUGAAUUCAGUGUGUGAUGUAGACUCAAUAUUAUCUCAUUACUUUUAUGAUUAUCUAUGUUUACAUAUUAGUUUAAUUGCAUAUUCUCAAUUUCUAUUAUGUAAAGUCAUUUGCUCAUAAUCCUGCUACUUCUCUUGACACAUGUUAUCCUGCACAUAACACAACAGAGAGAAGUCUGCAACAAAGGGUAUGAAUCUUCUAUAGUAUUAUUCUCUAAAUGCCUUACCAUUGAAUAUGGAUUGGUUGUACUUUAAGAUUGAUGUAUAAAGAAGUGAAAUAUAUUUAAGUGUAUUACUUUUGCUUGGAUACAUUAAACAUGCUGGGAUGAAUUGCAUCCCAAUUCAAAAUAUUGAUUGAAGUACAACUAGCAUUUUAGUUGGAUAAGAAAUAAGUUGUAUUUAAAUCACUUCUAAUCAAUUAUAACAAACUAACUUUGAAUCAAACUACAUAUAGAUUACCAUUUUGAUUCAUAAAGUAUGUCUCAUAAAUAUGUGUGAUAAAAUAAAGUGUCAUUGUAUGCCUAUGCUUGACAUUUUUAUAUACAUGAACCAUUCAGUCAGACCUUCAAAGUAAUUUGCCUGAAAAGGUCUCCUACAUGUUCGUGCUUUAAAUUUGAGAAGAAAAAAAAAUGCUUGGCCAAAAGAUUAAGUUACGGUAAUAAUUAAUUACUGCAGGGGAAGUCUUCAUUUUAAUAAAAACAAUUAAAUUUAUAGCUUGGGUAUUGAAUUUAAUACCCUCCCAGCAUUCCAAGGUGAAUAAAUAAACGCAAUUCUAUUAUUUCACUAUAUAUUAUAUAUAUUAUAUUAUUUCAGUGUACAUUCACAUGAUGUAUUUUUCAUAGCUUGACGUAAUAUGGUGCUUUCUUUAAUGAUAUGAUUGUGGAAACCUGAUGAGUAAAAUGAAAUGAUUAACUAUGAAAUGAAAUAAAAAAGAGGGAACGGAUCCAGAAGUAUUUAUCACUUAUAAGAGAGUGCAUGUAAAGUCUUAUUUACUACAUGGAAUAUGUCUUGAGUAACCAAGGAAAUACUAUCUUUUUUGGAGUAACUAUCUGAGCAUAUAUUAGGAAGAAAUAUUUAUUGGAAAAUGGAAUGUGAGCUUGAUGAUUACACCAUUUUCAGAGCUGAAUUUUAGAAGGUAGAAUUGUAUGUUGCAUUUGUUUAUAGGGGUGAAAAGGGGAUAUAAUUGUGAUACCAUGUGCAUGGUGAUGUAUUGAAAUUUUCUUUAAUAUCAAAUAACAAGUUGUGUCAUCUCUGAAAACUGUUGUCAAUUGGAACAUUUUAAUUCCAUUUUCUCCUUGUUCCAUAAAAAGAAAAACCCAUUUUGAGAUGCCUUUUUAUUCAUGAAAGAAUAACGCAUUAUAGUUUUAGGGUUAGAUACAAUGUCAAUACUAUUUCAAUAUCAACUUUUUUAUCUGCUAGCCACAAACUGUAGGAAGUUUGAAUAAGUUGUGCAAUUUGUUUAUUUCAAUUAAAAAUAGAAUACUCUUCAUGCAGCAAGAAUGAAUGAAAUAUGUAUGUCAAAUCACUCUUCAACUCUUGUAUGAUAAUGUAUAUGCUAGAUAUUUGUGUAUGCAUAGAUUGUUCAUGUAGCAUACGAAGAGAGAAAACUUUCAAUCCAAUUAAAACCUACCUCUGUGAUACAGAUAAUAUGAGUCUAAAAUGUUAGCGGACUGCAUGUUAGAUAAGCCAAGUCCACUAGAGGAGUUGUGAGGAUAAUCUUUGUACAGCAUUUAAGCAAGAUAGUAUGAUGUUGAUAAGUAGCCUUUAGUGCUUGUAGCACUGUGCUUUAUUGGUAUGAGGGUAACUAUUACGACAAGCAUAUCUGUGAUUUGAUACAUCACCCAAAUGUUGAAAACUGCGAACUCAACCCUGAUGGAUAGUGGUAAUAAAUUAGUUUGCAAUUGAAA